AUGGCGUCUAUGGGUACCCCUGCGGUUGUCAUGGACAACGGUACCGGCUUAACUAAGUUGGGUUUUGCUGGUAACGACUCUCCUUCCUUUGUCUUCCCAACAGCCAUUUCAACAGCCACUUCUGCCGCCAAACUGAGCAAAGGUUCCAGUGGAAGUGCUCUUAGUGGUAAGAGAGGCUUAGAGGACUUGGAUUUUUUCAUCGGUGACGAGGCCUUAAGUGCUGCUUCCGGUCCAAAGUACAGUUUGUCUUAUCCUAUCAGACACGGACAGAUUGAGAACUGGGACCACAUGGAGCGCUUCUGGGAGAACUCCAUCUUCAAGUACCUUCGGUGUGAACCCGAGGAUCACUACUUUUUGAUGACCGAGCCUCCUUUGAACCCUCCAGAGAACAGAGAGAGCACUGCUGAAAUUAUGUUCGAAUCGUUCAACUGUGCUGGUUUGUACAUUGCCGUCCAGGCUGUUUUGGCUUUGGCAGCUUCUUGGACUUCGGCCAAGGUCACUGAUCGUUCCUUGACUGGUACAGUCAUUGACUCCGGUGACGGUGUUACCCACGUUAUUCCUGUUGCUGAAGGUUACGUUAUCGGCGGUGCCAUCAAGAACAUCCCAUUGGCAGGAAGAGACAUCACUCUUUUCAUUCAGUCCUUGUUGAGAGACAGAGGUGAAGCCGACACGUCUUUGCAGACGGCCGAGAAGAUCAAGCAGCAAUUCUGUUACGUCUGUCCCGACAUCGUCAAAGAGUUCAAGAAGUUCGACCAGUACCCACAGGAGAAGUUUGCUCAGUACAUUGUUGAGACUGCUCAGCGUAAAAGCACUGUCGAUGUUGGCUACGAAAGAUUUUUGGCUCCAGAGAUUUUCUUCAACCCAGAGAUCUGCUCUUCAGACUACUUGACUCCAUUACCCACCGUCGUGGACCAGGUCGUUCAGUCAUCUCCAAUCGAUGUUCGUAAGAAGCUUUACAAGAACAUUGUGUUGAGUGGAGGUUCCACCAUGUUCAAGGAUUACGGCAGAAGGUUGCAGAGAGACAUCAAGCUGUUGGUGAAUGAGAGAAUAGAAUUGAGCGAAAAGUUGAGCGGCGUCAAGAGUACUGGUGUGGACGUCCAGGUGAUUUCACACAAGAGACAGCGGAAUGCUGUGUGGUUCGGUGGUUCUUUGUUGGCCCAGACUGCCGAAUUCAAGAGUUACUGUUACACCAAACAGGACUAUGACGAAUACGGACCAGGUAUUGUCCGUAACUUCUCUUUGUUCUCUGUGCCAUAA